AUGAUAUUUGUCAUUGUUCCUGCAUUAUAUCAUUUACUAUACUAUGAAAAGAAUUAUAAAAUAAAAAUUGCAUUUCUUGGUCCUAUUGGAGUUUGUAUAGCGAGUGCUUUGAAAUAUUUUGCAAUUAUUUAUCGACAAAAAGCUAUUAAAGACAGUUUUAACGAACUAGCGACAGACUGGAACAGAAUAAACAGCGAUUUAGAAUGGAAACUCAUGAUGAAAAAUAUAGAAAAAGGCAAUAAAGUUACUGUUUAUUUUGCGAUAUUUAUGUUCGGUGGUGGGAUUUCACAUCAAGCAGCGGCACCAUUUUUACCCGGAACACCCCUUUCGUUGCUGCGAAAUACAACAGAUAAGCCGCUUGUCUUUCCUACUUCAAUGUAUGACCAUAUUUAUGAUACUCAACGUACUUGGAUAUAUGUAGUCACAUAUGUAAAUCACAUUCUAAUGGGCGCAAUUGUGUGUAUAAUGACAGUUGGUACUUGUAACCUCGGUGCUAUUUUUGUCACUCAUUUGUGCGGACAAAUUCAAAUAAUGAUUUCCAGAGUGGAAUCCCUCGUCAUUAUUAAUAAUGACAAGGCUGUUGAAGACGAUAGUUUUCAUAAACGGAUGUCUGAAAUAAUCAUACUUCACAAUAGAGUUAUUGAUUUAUCACAGAAUAUCCAAAUGAUUUUGAAUGAAGUGUGUUUCAUUGAAAUUUUGGCAUCAACUAUUAUUAUCUGUUUAGACGAAUAUUAUUGCAUGAUGGUAUGGAGAUACAAUGAAAUGUUUGGUUUUGCUAUCUACAUGACGCUAUUAAUAGCAUUUAUAUCGAGUGUUGGGAUAUUUUGUUACAUCGGCGAACUACUAAAAGAGCAAUGUAAUACAAUAGGUCAAUCAAUCUACAUGGUGAAUUGGUAUUUGCUUCCAUCUAAAUAUGCUCGAGAUUUUGUUUUCAUUAUUGCGAUGACACAACACCCAGGCAAAAUUACUCCAGGUGGUUUAGUAGAAUUAUCCUGUAAUGGUUUUACUUCUGUUCUGAAAACGUCCGUUGCGUAUUUCAAUCUCAUACGUAUGGUAGAAAUAUAA